UGUUGUGAUAUAUAAGUUUAGAGCAGCGAACAAACACAAGAACAAAAUGUUAAUCGUAUCUAACGUUGAAAAAUCAUCGCAACAGUCACCGGUCAGUUUCUUGCUAACGCUGCUCGUCUUUUAGCUUACUCCGAGAGGGAUAUACUUAGGUACUUAAAUGUUAUACACGAUGCCGACACCGCUAGUCGACGAAGAUGAGGAGGUUAAGUUGACUUUGACGUACCAAUGUGCGUAACGAUUAAUUAGCUCGAGGAAAACGCGCAGGUACUUAAGUAGUUGAUGAUACUCCAAAAUAAAAGUGCAACGCCAUCGGCUGUUUGGAAAAUGACGGGCAUCAAGUUUAACGAGGUUGAUCUCGACGAUCCGAGAUUUCGUAUCAGUCCUUAUCAGCAGAUGAUCGCUUCGUGCACGGGUGCCCUCAUUACUUCAUUUUUCGUUACUCCGCUGGAUGUUGUCAAGAUUCGCCUGCAAGCACAGCAAAAAGCAAUGUUGUCGAAUAAAUGUUUUCUCUAUUGCAAUGGCUUGAUGGACCAUAUAUGCUCCUGUUCAAAUGGAAAAGGCGUCAUGAGCAAAGCCGACUGGCUCAAGGCUAAUGGAAAAUUUACCGGCACUCUGGACGCUAUGAUUAAAAUAAGUCAAAAGGAAGGGAUACGCUCACUGUGGAGUGGAUUGAGUCCUACUUUAGUACUGGCUGUACCUGCUACAAUUGUAUAUUUUGUUUCUUAUGAACAGUUGCGGCUGUAUUUUAAAGAUAAUUAUAGUACAAAGAACGUAGGCUAUAAGGAACAACCAUUUUGGAUUCCUGUUGUGGCUGGUAGUACAGCAAGAAUAUGGGCCGCCACACUUGUAAGCCCAUUAGAACUUAUAAGAACAAAAAUGCAGUCUCAAAAAUUAAGUUAUGCAGAAAUAACACAAGCUUUGAGGAUAGUUGUACAACAAAGUGGUGUCAGAGGAUUGUGGAUGGGUUUGAGUUCUACACUAUUAAGAGAUGUGCCAUUUAGUGCACUUUAUUGGUUCAGUUAUGAAUCAAUUAAAAAAAUGGUUCGUGACUCUCAUCAAAGUUUUAUAUUUACUUUCCUAGCAGGGGCGACAGCUGGUUCUAUAGCAGCUUUCGUCACUAUUCCAUUUGACGUUGUAAAAACUCAUAGACAAAUCGAAAUGGGCGAAAAACAGAUUUAUUCAGAACAUCCUAAAAAAUCUAGCAACACGUGGCACACAAUUAAAAAGAUAUCCAGUCAAAGUGGAAUCAAAGGAUUGUUUACGGGAUUAGUACCUAGACUUGUUAAAGUAGCACCGGCCUGUGCAAUCAUGAUUUCCACUUUUGAAUACGGAAAAAAUUUCUUCCAAAAUUAUAAUGCAAACCGCGCCAUGAUAAGAGGUGAAAUUCAAUUGUUCAAUCGAGAGUAAGAUAGUGUUUGGUUAACUUAAAUAUUA